AUGUAUGCAAUUGUGCGACAGCAGAUGCUUCGAGCGGGCUCGCUCAUGCGCACGAGUGCAGCCUACCUGCACACAAGCACGGCUGCGCGUGAGUUGAGCAAGUUUACGAUGCCUGCGAUGAGUCCAACUAUGCAAGAUGGUGGCAUUGCUGCGUGGCGGAAAAAGGAGGGCGAGUCGUUCAACGGCGGUGAUGUGUUGCUCGAAAUCGAAACAGACAAGGCGACGAUGGAAGUGGAAGCACAGGACGACGGUGUGCUGGCCAAAAUUAUUGCCGACGCAGGCUCGAAGAAUGUGCCAGUGAACUCGACCAUCGCUAUUAUUGGUGAAGAAGGCGAUGACUUGUCGGGUGCAGAUGCGCUUGCAAAGGAGGCAGAGAGUGAAUCGGCCUCGGCAUCGGCCGGCGAAGCAGAAAAGGCGGCUAAACAAGAGGAGAGUGCGAAGGAGGAAGAGUCGAAGCAGAAAGAGGCCAAGAGCGAGGAGGAGGACAAGCCGGCAGCGCCCAAGCCCCGCGAGAGUGACGACAGCGGCACAGCUUCGAAGCUCGCAUCGAUGGACCAUUUGAGUGCGAGUCCUAUCGCGAAGCGCAUUGCUCUUGAACGGGGUAUUCCUCUGUUGCAGGUGAAGGGCUCGGGACCCAAUGGCCGCAUUGUGAAGGAGGACGUGGAGAAGUUUGCCUCAGGCUCGGGAGCCGCCGCCGCCGCCGCCACGGCGUCCACCGCCGCUGCAGGUGGCAGUGCGCCAGCGUACACGGAUCAGCCCCUGUCGAACAUGCGUCGUACCAUUGCCAAGCGCCUGACCGAGAGCAAGUCGACGGUGCCGCACUACUAUGUCACGUUUGAUAUUGAGAUGGCCCGUGUUCUGCAGUUGCGCGAAGUGUUCACCCGUGCGUCGGCAGAGGCAGCGCGUGGCGACGAGGCCAAGGCGAAGCAGGCGAAGCUGUCGGUGAAUGACUUUAUCGUCAAGGCUGCGGCGUUGGCUCUGAAGCAAGUGCCGGCGGCUAACUCGGCGUGGCACGGCGAGUAUAUUCGUGAGUACCACACACAGGACAUUAGUAUGGCCGUCGCUACGCCGAACGGCCUCAUUACGCCGAUCAUUCGGAACUGCGGCGCGAUUGGUCUUACCGAGAUUGGCAAGCAGAGCAAGGAGCUCGCCAAGAAGGCGCGCGACGGCAAGCUGAAGCCGGAAGAAUACCAGGGCGGCACGUUCACGAUUUCGAACAUGGGCAUGAUGGGCACGUCCCACUUCACGGCGAUCAUCAACCCGCCGCAGAGCUGUAUCUUGGCGAUCGGCGCGACAGAGGCACGCCUUGUGCCGGACGAGUCGACGGACAAGGGCUUCAGGACCGUGCAGGUGAUGAAGGCGACGAUCUCGGCGGACCACCGCGUUGUCGAUGGUGCGUUGGCCGCCCAGUGGAUGCAGGCAUUCAAGGCAGCGCUCGAGAACCCACUCUCGUUUAUGCUGUGA